UACUUUUCUCAUUCCAUAAAGCCCUUCCACUUGAUUCCUUUCUUUGAUUUACUAAACUGAUUUUUGGUUCUUUCCUUUUUUUUUCUUUCCAUCGUUUUCACAAACACCAUUUUCCUUCUUCUUUCUUGUUGUUCUUCUUCUCCUUUUUUUUCUCUCCUUCUUUAUCAAACUUGUCCACUUAAAAGAAGAAUAAAAGAGCUUAAAUCUUUGCCCUCUUUUUUUCACUUACACUUAGCUUUUUUACAUUCUCCAAAUAGCUCUUUAUCUCUCACUUUUCCAACCUAAAUCUAUCAUCAAGAAUCAAACUUGAAGUUUGUUCUUCUUUCUUUUCUCCUUUUCACAUCUCUUUCUUUUCUUUUACUUCAUCAAGUGUGCAACUUUUACUCUAUUUUUCAUCAAUUUGGAGGUUUUUUUGGGGUUAACAAACAAGAAAAAGCCAAAGUCACCAUAAUCUUGAAGUCUCUAUUAUUUCAAAGAUUUUAUCCACAAAAAUGCCCAUAGAAGGGGUUUUUGUUCAAACUCCAUCUUCUUCAAAUCCAAUACCUGAUCUUUCUCUCCAUAUUAGCCCUCCAAAUAGUUCCUCUUCUCCAUCUUCAAAGCCAACAAAUUGUCUUACUGAGCUUUCUUUAGCUCAUCCCACUACCAUUAAUGAAGAAAAAAACUUGUUUAAUAGUGAAAAUAAGACUUUUCCAAGAAACCCUUUACCCCAUCAAAGCCAAAACAACCAUUUGCUUCAACCAAAUAGCCAAAUGAGUAAUAUAAAUCAUGGGGUUUCUUUAUUAGAUGUUUCUUCAGAAAGUACUUUGACGAGACCUAUAAAGGGUAUUCCAAUUUAUCAUCAAAAUUAUUCUUUCCCUAAUUUCUUGGAAAAAGAUCCAAAGAGAUUUGGAUCUCUUUUUUCACCAUAUAAUUUCAAUGGAGGUUCUGAUCAUUUAUCAAAUGCUUACCGAAUACCAAUGGCUAAUAGAUUUCAACAUCACCAUAGCCAAUAUGGAGUUGGAUUAGGUCAUUCAAAUGAAACUUCUUCUCAUAGCUUUAUGAGAUCAAGAUUUUUACCAAAAUUUCCAGGAAAAAGAAGUAUGAGAGCGCCAAGAAUGAGAUGGACUACUUCACUUCAUGCUCGGUUUGUUCAUGCUGUGGAACUUCUUGGUGGCCAUGAAAGGGCUACACCAAAAUCAGUGUUGGAGCUAAUGGAUGUCAAAGAUCUUACUCUAGCUCAUGUCAAAAGCCAUUUACAGAUGUAUCGCACUGUUAAAACCACUGACAAACCUGCAGCUUCCUCAGGGCAAUCAGAUGGGUCAAGUGAAGAAGAUCUCUUAAAAAUAGACAGGAUUUUGGAUCAGAGAGGACCAUCUGAUGGAUUUGAUGAUCCUUCAACUACAACUCCUACUCUUUGGAGUAAUUCUUCAAGUAGAGAAAGAUGGUCACAAGCUAACUUGAAUGAAGCGAAUGGCCUCAGAUCAACCUCUUUUCCAUCUCAACAAAGAUCCAGCCACAAUAUAGAGGAAUGUGAAUAUUCAAGGCCAGUGAGCUAUGUAGGUUGCAGUUUGGAUCAGAGAAAUCCUAGCUUGGAGUUCACUUUAGGAAGACCAGAUUGGGUAGAAAAAGAGCAUGAUUGAAGUGCAUCAACCCUUCAAUUAAUUUUGUUUUUUGUUUUGUUUUUGGCUAAUAGCUGAUUCUUCUGGUCUUCUUCUUCUUCUUCUUCUUCUUCUUCUUCUUCUUCUUCUUCUUCUUCUUCUUCUUCUUCUUCUUCUAUUUUUUGUAAUUUGAGAUGAAAAGAGAUGGUAUCAAGUUUGAAAUAUUAAGAGUUAUUGGAUAAAAAAGAAAAGCAAAAAAGGAAUGGUUUUCACAUGCAGCUUCAACUAGGGGCUCUUUCGUAGCUCAUCUCCCAUGCAUAUAUAAUUUCUUUUUGAGUUUUGUCAAUUUGACUUUUAUUUUUUCUGUUUUUUGUUUGUUGUUCAUUUUUUCUUGUUUGAAUCUCUUGGGUUGGCUAUGAGUUUGCAAUGUAAAAGUUGUUAGAAGAUUGUACUGAAUGUAGUAAGGACACAUUCAAAA